AUGGCACAUCUGACGCACUUCACUCUGCAAGUCCACGCUGAGCAUGCCUCCUCCCCCUCCUUAGUCGCGGCGGCUCCCUCGUUUCUAUCCGCCUCGCCCUCGGUCCUCACUCUCUCGCAAUUCCUCGCCGCGCCGCACGAUCGCGCCGUUUUUCUCACCGCGGUACGACAGCCGCGCGACGCGGCGUCGCCUUCGUCGUCGGAGUACCUCAUCCGCGACCACGCGACGCCACGUACUGACACGUCAGCAGAGCCGUCUGCUGCGUCACCGUUCGGCUCAGAUGACUCGUUUCGAGUCGCAGGCGAGGUGGUGGGAUGCGUGCGAGGGAACUACGGCGGCACGCAUUUCAUUCUAGCGUCAUGCACGCCGCGAUCCACAACGACAAAGAAUGGUACCAUUAGUAGCAAACCGCACGGAACAGUUACCAGCGACGGUGAAAUGCAACGAAGCAGCAGCUACGACGAUGUUACCCCAAGCAGGUCGCAGCGGGAUGCGGGCGAUGAGCGAGGGCGGGCGCGAGGGCGGGGGAGAGGCGGAGAGAGUGGGGGGAGAGCGCGGAGCGCAUCGGGGGAGGAAAUCUCGCCGCCGCGCGGCGGAUGCAAGAAAGCGGAUGCUCCCGGCAAGGGAGGAAAGGCGGGCAGAGAUUCUAAAUCCGGCAAGGGGUUUCGUCGCAAGAAGGGAAGAUCGUUGUCGCAUGGUGAUUUCCUUUUCGCGAGAGGGUUGUCGCAUGUCGAUCCUGGGGGAUGGCUGACGUGGAACGUGCGGAAAGGGGCAGGAAGCGCGCGAGCGAAGGGCGACGACGAACCGACGGGCGAUGAGCAGAGCGAGUCGCAGGAAGAAGCGUCGCAGAGGGAAGAGUCGCAGAGGGAAGAGUCGCAGAGAGCAGUGUCGCAGAGGGAAGGGGCGGAGCGAUUGACGGAGAAAGGCAGGCCGCACGGCGCGUUUGGCCUAUCCUGGGCUCAGGUAGGCCCGCGUCCCCUCUAUACGCAGACUCGCUUUAGUGUAUUGCACGUCGCCGUGUGGAAGCAAGCCCGCGUGACGCCGCACCCGCCCGUCGCCCCCCGCCCGCAGGUGGCGAGUCUGGCGGCGCGGGGAAGCACGGGGGCGCACGCGGAGGGAGAGCGCCGCGAGGGGGGUGACAAUAGCGAGGGAGAAGCUGUGGGAAUUGGGAACGGGGACUUGAAGUGCGGCGCAGGUGAUUAUAAAGGGAGUGCGAGUGGGAGUGCGUCUGCGGGUGCGAAUACGAGCAACGCGUUGUGGCGUGUCUUCGGGGGCGCGCAGGGGAGCGGCGAAGAGUGUGCUAGUAACGAGGCGGCGGCUCCAGACAAGGCCGCGCUGCACGGUGGCGGAGCACAGCUGUGGGGCAGCGCCAGGUGGACGGCGCGCGGACGCGGAGGCGCGGCUGACAGCUUCAAGGGCGGCGCAGAGAGCUUCAAGGGCGGGGCGGAGAGCUUGUCUGCUUCCGCGUUUUUCCGCGCCAUAAAGGGUGCGGGCGUGCGGGGGAACGGUGCUGCUGGGGCCAGUGGCGGGGGCGGGGGUGGCGGAGGUGGCGGGUGGGCGGGGGUGUGGUGGGCAGUUGGGGGAGGGCGAGCGGGGACAGGCGGAGCGGGUGGGCGUGGGGCGGCGGGGAAGGCGGACAGGGAAUGGGGAGACGGCGGAGCCAGGAGAGAGGCGGAGGAGAAGGGGGGGUCUGGGGACCUGGGAUGGCGGAAAGAAGCAGGGGCGGGGGAGGGGGAUGUUGAGGAGGGGGCAGAGGGGAAGGGAGUGGGGAGUGGGCAGGUGGAAGAAUGGGGCAUGGGGACGGGGGAGGAGGGGCAGCGAGUGGGGAUGGCGGGAGAGGGCGGAAGUGACGUGGGCAGUGUUGCUGACGUAAGCAGUGGUGCUGACGUAGGCAGCGGGGCGCACAAGGCAGGGGAAGAGCAGGCAGGGGAAAACAAAUCAUCCAGCGUGGUGCAGGGAACGCCAUGGCCGGAGGAGGAGGAGGGGCCAGCUGCCAGCGAGGACAGCUGUUGCAGCGGGGGGAGCGGGGAAAGCGGGGGAAGCGGUGGGGACGGGGGGGGUGGGGGGAUCGUCCAGGGCUGUGAGCAGCACGAUGACUCUAUUGAUGCUGUUGACUCGGUUGACUCGGGUGAUUUAUGUGAUUCAGGUGGCUCAGUGGGCGCCAUUGACUUGGUUGACUCCACAGAGGACACGGCAUGCUCCAGUGGUGGUGACGGUGGUGACGGUGGUGACGGUGGUGACGGUGGUGACGGUGGUGACGGUGGUGCCGGUGGUGCCGGUGGUGCCGGUGGUGCCAGUGGUGCGCUGCUGAGAAUGUCUGCAUCCAUGCCCUCACUGCACACCGGCCAUCCAUCUCACCAUGCCCAUGCCCUCGUGCUUCCACACACCCAUCCGCACGCACAUGUGCCAGCCGUGGUUCUGGGCGUGCAGGAUGCUGCCGCCCCUCACAUGCGACCAUCAGCCUCGUUCUCAGGGCCACUGGCGCUGCCAGGAGUGGCAGCAGCAGCAGCAGCAGCGGCACCAGUUGCAUUCAAGUCUGGUCCUCUGGUGGUGGCUGCACUAGCAGGAGGAGGGGUGGCAGCAGGAACAUCUGUGCCCCACGGCAUGCCCCGCCUGUGGACCAGCAGCACCAACACCAGCACUAGCAGCAGCAGCGGCAGCGGCAGCGGGUGGGUGAUGGAGUGCACUCUGCUGGCAGGGCUGGGGCGCACAGCAGGGCAAGGGGGCGGUGAAGAGGGAGGGGGAAGCGGAAGGGGAGGGAGUGGAGGGAGCAAGGCAAGCCAAGGCACGGAGCAAGUUCGGAAUGUGAUGCUGGUGGCUCACGUGGGUGGCGCUGCUGCUGCUGUUGCUGUUGCUGCACAUCACUCUUCUGGUACUGCUGGCGCUGGUGCUGGCGUUGGCCGUGAGAAGAGAGGGAGUGGUGGGAGCAGCAGCAGUGGCGGCAGCAGCGGGGCUGUUUUGGAGACGCAGCAGCAACAGCAGCAGCAGCAGCAGCAGCAGCAGCAGCAGCAGCAGCAGCAGCAGCAGCAGCAGCAGCAGCAGCAGCAGCAGCAGCAGCAGCAGCAGCAGCAGCAGCAGCAGCAGCAGCAGCAGCAGCAGCAGCAGCAGCAGCAGCAGCAGCAGCAGCAGCAGCAGCAGCAGCAGCAGCAGCAGGAGAGGCAGCAGCAGCGGCUGCAGGAGAGGCAGCAGCAGCAGCAGUCGGAGGGGGGGUCGCUGCUGCCAGGCGCCCUCUCGUGUAGGCAGCAAGUGGCACAAGCCCUCUCCUGUGAUAUGCCACUUUUACAAGCAUUAUGCAUGUGCGUGGCAUGGUUUGACAGUGCUGCUGCCAGGCCAGGCGCCCUCUCGUGUAGGCAGCAAGUGGCACAAGCCCUCUCCUGUGAUAUGCGCAAGCCGUCUCAUGCGCAAGCCGUCUCAUGUGCAAGCCGUCUCAUGCGCAAGCCGUCUCAUGCGCAAGCCGUCUCAUGUGCAAGCCGUCUCAUGUGCAAGCCGUCUCAUGUGCAAGCCGUCUCAUGUGCAAGCCGUCUCAUGUGCAAGCCGUCUCAUGUGCAAGCCGUCUCAUGUGCAAGCCGUCUCAUGUGCAAGCCGUCUCAUGUGCAAGCCGUCUCAUGCGCAAGCCGUCUCAUGAGCACGCUGUGA